GAGGCUGACUCGUGAAGAGUGAGAGAUCCACGAUUUUUCUGUGGAGAGAUUGUCAGCGAGAAAAACACAUCGGGAAUUGAUUAAAUUGAUCGUGUUAUUUAACCUCAGUGAAAUUGACAGACCAACUUCAACAUGAAAGGUUUUAUCCUUGUGGUUCUGGGAGUAGGCCUUCUUCAUUGCGCAUCUGCUGCUACGCAUUCACUGCGUUAUGUGUACACUGCGACCUCAGGAAUACCAGCCUUCCCAGAAUUUGUGACUGUUGGGUUGGUGAAUGGAGAGCCCAUCUCGUACUAUGACAGCGUCAUCCGCAGAGAAACUCCCAGACAGGACUGGAUGGCCAAAUCUGAGGGGCCUGACUACUGGGAGAGAGAAACUCUGAUCUCUAUUGGUGCCGAGCAGACCUUCAAAGUAGGCAUUGAGAAUAUCAAGCCGCGUUUCAAUCAGACUGGAGGUGUGCACACGUGGGUGAAUAUGUACGGUUGUGAGUGGGAUGAGGACACUGGAGUCACAAAGGGGUUUAAUCAGUUUGGAUAUGAUGGAGAGGAUUUUGUGGCAUUUGACCUGAAGACCAAGACGUGGAUCGCUCCAACACCACAGGCAGUCAUCACCAAACACAAGUGGGAGAGAGACAUAGCUUACAAUGAGCAGAGGAAAUACUACCUCACCCAGACCUGCAUUGAGUGGCUGAAGAAGUAUCUGGACUAUGGGAAGAGCACUCUGAUGAGGACAGUCCCUCCCUCAGUGUCUCUGCUCCAGAAGACCCCCUCCUCUCCAGUGACCUGCCACGCUACAGGUUUCUACCCCAGUGGAGUCAUGGUGUUCUGGCAGAAAGACGGACAAGACCAACAUGAAGAUGUGGAGCAUGGAGAGACUCUUCCCAACGAUGAUGGAACCUUCCAGAAAAACACCCACCUCACAGUGACGCCUGAAGAGUGGAAGAACAACAAGUAUCGGUGUGUGGUUCAGGUCACUGGUAUCAAGGAGGACUUCAUCAAGGUUCUGACUGAGUCUGAGAUCCAAACCAACUGGGGAAAGACCAACAGGGGUGCAAAUGACCCAAACACCAUUGGCUUGGCCCCCAUCAUUGGAGUGGCUGUAGCUCUCCUGGUCGUUGUUGUUGCUGUUGUUGGGGUCGUCAUGUGGAAGAAGAAGAGCAAGACAGGCUUUGUUCCAGCCAGCACUUCAGACACUGACUCUGAGAACUCUGGGAAAGGUGCCCAGAAGACUUGAGUCCUCUCUGCACUUCUGUGACAUCAGAGAAGGAAUGGAAACAACAAAUGUUGAACUUCCCAAGAACGUAACACAUACGUAUACUCACACACACACAUCAGUCUCACACACACAAGUUUACACACACUGUAAACUUAGAAUCCAUAUAUUUAAAAAAAUCUGCUGUCAGAAAUAUUCUUUGGUGAUUUCCUUGAAACAGUUUUACUUUAAUUUAAUCCAUGGUUUGGCUUUUUAAAAUGGAAUUUUGUUGAAUUAUAUAAUGUAAUAUUGCCACUAUGUGAUCUCAGUAUCUCAGUCUCACAGUACAGUAUCUCAGUCUUACAGGUAUAUUACAAUCAAUUAAACACCAUGAAAGUGUGUUUCUGGAAAGCAUUAGAUGGUUUUGUUUGUAGGUUUUGGUGGUAUAAGAUACAGUAAUUGUGUGACGUUAUAACUUUGCUCACACUAACUUGUUUAAUUGUAUGGCUAUAAGCCAGACAAGGCCGAUCCACAUGUUCCAUUUGUACAUUUUUCUAUUUUACCGAAAGUGGCGUUGUUUUUCUAGCUGUUUUGAUUUUAUGAUACAUUUUGAUUUAUGAUGUACAGACCGUACAGACUAUACGGUCUGUAGUUGGUGAUGGGGCAAGUGAACAUGUAUUUUAUUGCAAGUGUAAAUGUGAUCCAUUUAAGGUAUGCAUAAUCAACCAGCCUAACAAGACCAAUUAGAGACCAAAUUCAUGCAUUCUGUAAUAAUGUUCUUACACCUUUCAAUAAAGUCUAAAACAUUUUUAUGAAA